AUGAUAGGAAAACCUGGAAAUAUUAUGAUGAUCUUUCCAAGUGCCUAUGUGAGGGAGCAAGCAGAUGGUUCAUCCCUUGCCCCUACCAGAGGCAAGAGGUGUCGUAAAAGACCAACUGGCAGAUCUUCUGCUGCUGAAAUGUUAAAUUUCUUACAAGAAUACAGUGAGAAACGAGAGAAAACAGAAGAGGAAAAGUUAACACUGUUGAGAGAAAUGAAAGAGGAAAAGCAGCAGUUUUAUAAUCGCUUUUUUGAUUUCAUGGAAAAACAGUGACUGUUUGAGGUUAAGACAGUCGUUUAAUGAAUUAAUUUUUAAUAAAUUAAUAUAAUUUGUUAAUUGUGUUUUUAUAUUACAUCAACUCUAACUAAAAAUAUUCUUGAGAGCAUAUUUUUAAUUGAACUAUUAAUAAAUAAUAAGAAUUUUUUUAUUAUUUAAUUGAGACAAUACAGUAUUUAUUGAUGGUCAAAUUGUAUAACGUUAAUUUUGACUGUUUGUAUAUAACAGUUUAUAAACAAAUAUAUUGUUGAAGUGUAUCUUUUCACUAGUUAACACAAUAGCCUAACAACACUAACAAAUAACAUUUAUCAGUCUUUGUCAUUUUGCUUCUGCUGCCAUAUUAUUAGGGUCACAUGCAGCAUUCUGGUGACCCCCCCCCCCCUCCCUGCCUCAUCAAGAUGUGUAUUUUACUAUUAGCGAUAGGUCCAGGCAGAAUUUGGUAGGGUCGUAGAGGACCCCAGAAUUGUCAACAGAAUGGUUGACAACUUUGAAGUUGUUGAAAAGAAGAUACUUCGAAUGGCAGAGAGUAGCACAAGCAGAAUGUGAAGUUGUUGUUAAACCAGAUAAAGAAUGCCGAGUUUGAAGAGCCAAGUAAGCAAGUAGGUAUAGAAAUGUUGGAUUUUUGCUAGUUUAUACUACCUGAAAUAUAGUUUUACAGGCAAGAAGUACUGACUUGCAUUGACAUAAUAUUACUUGUCAUCAAGGAGUCUUGCUUAUUAACCCAUUAAGAAAGUACACACUUUUAGAAAGUUUUAUUUAAUUCAAUAAUUUAUGUGUAGCACUGCAACGAUAAUAAAUGAAAAUCACAAAACGCCCUUUCUGUUUUGUUGGAAGCAAAUAAUUGAACAAAUGGUCCAUGUUAUGUGCACUUUAAAAUGUAUCUACAAAAAAAAACAUACCUUGCGUUUUUGAAUAAUCAUACUUCACUUCUAAUGUAACCUUGUUGAUUACAAUGUCACACCAGGGAAUCCAACUGUCACAUUCAUGAAGCUCCUUCAUCUUCAUUCCGGCUGGGAUUUCAAGAAAUAUGACAUAAAUGUCAAAUUAAAAAAAAUUAAACAGGUGCAACCGAAAAAUUGUAAAGAAAGAAUUUUGAUGAUUUUUUAUUCUCGAGAAUCCUGCCUCCUCCAUUCGCAGUAUACUACAAUCCUAAUUAAACCUAAAAACAAAUUGGCAAAUCCACCAAAAUAUGACAGGUCACAUGAACAGCUUAUACGAGAGCCUUAAUUCAAGCAGGAGCGAAGAUCGAGAGCAUUUGUGUACGAGGCUGGACGAUUUGAUAUAAUUAAACCAUUAUGAUGCAUUAUUAAGUAAUUAUUCAGGGUUUUUAUUAUUGAUCUCUAGUAGGAACCGGAUAUUGAACAAGGUUUAAAAAAAGGCAGUUUGACUCGCGUGCGUGUCUUCAGGGCCAUCUUUACUGUCAAGUUUCAAAAGAAAGACCAAAAUCGGGGAUACAGCAUGUGAGGUUGUUCUUAACCAAUUCUUGCCUUUGGUAUCACGAUGUGCAAUGGAUUGUUUGACUCUGGGUAUUUCAGCGUAAAGAUAUGCCAUGCCUUGUGCCAUAUGAAACAGAUUUUCCCGGCUGACCGUGUUUCUUUUCAGGAAAUCAGAUGACGAACCUUGUUCAAUGAAAAAGGUAAAGUGGCGUCACGAGCGGCUAUGAAUCGUCAAUGUUCACAGUUAAAUUUUUAGCAGAACAGGAUGAAGCUUUUUAUUUAGGUUUAGAGAAUAUAUUUGCGCAGUGUUUUUACCAGCUUUUACCUUGCCGCGAUGACGUCAACGAUUUAUUUUAAUAUAACCUGCAUAUUACAUGCUUUUACAUCGUAGAACUGUCUUUGUUGGUUUUUUUUAUUUUAGGGAUGUUGCCGAAUAUGCCAUGAGGAGGUAGAUUUAAGCGACACUGAUAUGAUGUUCCCUUGUCUCUGUUGGGGGACAACAAUGUUUGUGCACCAGGAUUGCUUGAAGUAUUGGCUUCUGCCUUCCCAGAGCACGGAAUGUGAGGUCUGCCUCAAGAAAUAUGACAUGAAUGUGAAAUUAAAAUUUAAAGAGGUAGAAGAUAAAAAUUGUAAAGAAAGAUUUUUGAAGAUUUAUUCUAGAGAACACAGUCCCCCUCCAUUCGCGGUAUAGCUUCCACUAUCUCCUACACUUUUUAAACUGCACGGCUGUGCGUUUCAUUUAAAAAUAACAUGGCACACUAGGGCUUUAUUUGAAAUUAGGCUACAACAUCAUGCAAAUUAAACUAAUUUCUUUAUUUCAAUAUGUGCUGUAUUUUAUUGGCGAGGGUUUCGCUAUAUUAUAUUCUAGUGUUGGUCAUGUAUUAGUAGUAUCCUGUCAAAAUGAACGAAAAAGAAUGGACCACUUUGCUCAGCGGGAUGCUCCUGGUACCUGCACGGUACGGUUACCGUGCAGGAGGGGCGUAUGUUGCACUAUCCCGCUGUAGAAAACUGGAGAAUAUACGUUUUAUGACACGCAUCCUCUCUUCCCAAAUGACGCCUGUGUCACUUGUGUAAUUUCGUUAGUAACUUGUCAACUCACAGUAAGUAAUUGCCAUCAAUUCAUUUUAAUCAAAAACACUUCUUAUUUUUGCAGAUGAGCAAAUUUUCGCCACAAAAAUCAUCAAAUAAAUCUGGGGGAGUCCAAUGGUGGCAGCAAUGUGCCAGAAGCUUCAUAACACCGUAUGGACGGCACGAUGAGGCACCUGAGCCGUCGAAAAUAUUCAAACGAUUGCAACCGUUCACUUGUGAAUGGUUGACAAGGCCAGAUGUCGCACUCUCCGAGUACAGAGACACAAUCACCUCGAACAUUCCCGUCCUGCAGGAACACGGCCAAAAAGUGCUGCGCAAAUCGUUUGCUGACAAGCUGAAAAGCCAUUUCGAACCCACCUGGGAAAACAUGCAAGCUCUCAAUAAAAAAAAAAAAACACCUAUGUCACUCCAACCGCCACAGAUGUCAGUAAAAAACGUGAAUAAGGUGAAUGUCAAUUCCACAUGACCACCAAAACGUCACAGCAAGAAAUCAGAUUGUUACAAUGGCAAAGAUGGUCAACAAAAAAAUGUGUGUGUGUUCAUAUAUAACGUAUGCAUGAUAUUCUUACCAAAAUUCAAAGCAAAAUUCUUUCACCUCCCUGACUUUUUUACGUUUCUUAUUUGGUGAUUUUACGGCUGCCAUUAAUUAAACACACCCAAUUUUGACAAAGCGUUUUGGAAAGAAAAGCAGAGUUGAAUGAUAGUAUGAUUGACAAAAUGCAAAACUAUUAUGGCAUUGCUAUCGGGAGCAAUAAAAGCAACCUUAACACAACAAAGAACAAUCUUUUCAUGCCUGCCACACUUUUUCACUGUGCUUCCUAUGACGCACAGUGUCAGUAUACUGUUCUGAAGGUGAGGAUAGCUGGUGUGGUUAUCAAAGGCAUAAAGCCAAGAACACUAAAACUCACUGAGGAAUUAUAUAUAGAAAUUAUAUUCCCGUUUAAGUGAAGAUGACCUCCUGAGAAAGUGUCUUGAUGGGAAAACUCAAAAUCAAAAUGAGGCAUUUGAUGGAAUGAUUUGGCAAAUAAUUUCGAAGUCCGUCUUUGUUGGAUCUGAUCUGCUCUGAUCUGAUGAAACUAGGAGUCCUUAGUCACAUAGGAGUAUCUCGGGCAGAUUGCCGUCGGUCAAAAUAAGAAGUUUGGAGACAAGAACAAGGAGAACGAAGGUGAAACGUAUCCUGCUGGCUAGUUUUAAGAGGUUCUGCUGAUUUGGCUUCCUAUCAAGUUUAGAGUUGAUUUAAAAGUCUUAUUCUUUACUUAUAAGGCUUUACAUAGCCUGGCGCAACAGCAUAUCGCUGAUAUCAUCAUGAUCAAAUCUAAGUCAGGGUACAAUCUCAGAUCACAUUCUUGAUAUAUCCAAUACAACACGGCCGCUCAUGUUGUAAAUAGUACUUAUAAUUCAAGUGUAAUUUACUAUCGAAAAUGACAGGCGCGUUUUUUGCCAACGCAUAUAUUAUAGCAUACAUUAUGGACUAAGUCUAGCUGAUCAGAACUUUGUCCGAAGAAAAACUCUUCCAGCACACAAUAUUCAUGCCUUUUUAUGGAUGAUAUUUAGUCGUGCAUUUUAUCUCGACGUGGCAAACUAAAUUUGUCUGACAGGGACGGUGCCAUAUGUGCAAUUUUGAAUAUUGAAAUUGUAGCAUCGCUGUUUAAUUUAAUAGAAGGUAGCUAUCCUCACACAGGAAGAAAUCGUGAUAAAAACUCACUGAUGUACUGUAAUAUUACAUUUUGUGAAAUGAAACGCUUUAUUACGCCAGUCAAAAGAAGCAUUACAUUUUACGUCAGUGUAAUGAUGUUUCCGUUUGUCUCACUCUGCAAUAACUCGCUAUUCACUAACUUGUAACUCGCGAGUGAAUUGCCAUUCGCAAUUUCGCCCACUCGUAACUUGCGAGUGACUAGCCAUUCACUGUGAUCCAUUGUUACUAUUUAUGACUAUGUCUAUGAUUUUCAAAAUUUUUGUUUUCACAAACAAGUGCAGCGUAGCGUAUCUGUAGGUGAGCUUUGAAUCAAAUUUUAACAACAUCGCUAUUCCAUGAACAGAACUGACCGCAUGAAUAUUUCAUGGUAUGAAUAGAACUUAAUGUAGUUUAGAAGAUAACUGCAUGCUAAUACCGCAUUAAACAUUGAAUUAGAUUUUCAACUUGUUAUUUCGUCAUGUUUGUUUAAGACCAAAUAUAUAUACUUUUCUCGCGUUUGAAUUGGUCAGAUAAUGCGAGCUAGACGAAUUUGGGUUGAUUCUGUUGUCAUUUAUAGUAUUCGGAAUUUUCCGAAGAGACUCGAAGCUUCAAAGAGAAAUAACACGAGUCUCACAACGCAUUCUCGAAGGUGUUUCGAACGCGUUCUCGAAGGUGUUCCGAACGCGUUUUGGAACGUGUUCGCAGCAUUAGGUUACUUCUGAGCAGUACUGUAUCUGCUGCCCAUCGUGCCGUGAAGGAGUUGACCAAAAAAGGACACCUCUCCCCUGCCCAGUCCAGGGAUGCUCUAAGUUGAUUUCAAGGGUGGACCUUCACCUCCGAUGGAUCCACCAUCUCAACAACAACGAUUCUGAAUACAUCAGGUUAGCUCAUUGAAAAUAUUUUCUUUCUUAUUGCCAUAUAAAACAACCCUAACCCUGACCCAAAACACUAGCUCAUCCAUCAACCAAAACACUCAUUCCUUCCACUCUUUUGUCAGGUACAACAACGAGAUAACGUUGGCUCGCGCCAAGGCCAGGUUUGCCAACUUGGCGGAGACAAACAGCAAGAAGAUGAAGCGGAAAAGAAAAGACAACAUGAGGCAGACCCGUCACUACACGGCGAAGAUGUUGAAGAGCAACACCUCUCAUCGGAGGGGGAAUCCGAGGUCGACGAAACUCCGCUGGGGGUGCUGCUCGCGGCGCCACGUCGGCCAAAGGAUGACCCCAUUUGGCUACGAUGCGAAAGAUCGAGAGCCUCCUUGUCCUUCAGUUGUUCAACCAUCACCUGA